ACAAACCGGCCAAAAAAGCCGCGCAAAUCCACCCACCAGUCCACUACCCCGCACGCUAUAACUGCAACCAGCGUAGCGUAGGCUCGCGGCGGCCGCCGACAACUCGGGCGGGACACGGGAGACAGCCAUGGCGACGGGCGGCCAGGGGAAGGCCGCGGGCUACUACCAGUACCCGACAUCGUACGCCGGUGCUGCGGACGAGGAGCGCCGGUGGUGGCCGUGGCUCGUGCCCACCGUGCUCGUCGCCUGCAUCGCGGUCUUCGCCGCCGAGAUGUUCGUCAACGACUGCCCGCGCCACGGGAGCACGCUCGGCGGCGGCGCCGGGUGCGUGGCGGCCGGUCUCCUCCGCCGGUUCUCCUUCCAGCCGCUCCGCGAGAACCCGCUCUUCGGGCCUUCCUCCGCCACCUUGGAGAAGAUGGGAGCUCUCAACUGGGCCAAAGUAGUUCAUGAGCACCAAGGGUGGCGCCUCAUUAGCUGUAUCUGGCUCCAUGCUGGCCUAGUUCACUUGGUUGUCAACAUGCUAAGCUUGCUCUUCAUUGGAAUCCGCCUUGAGCAACAAUUUGGGUUUGUGCGCAUUGGUGUCAUCUACUUGAUAUCUGGCUUUGGGGGCAGUGUGUUGUCUGCACUUUUCUUACACAGUAACUACGUCUCUGUUGGUGCCUCUGGGGCUUUGUUUGGCCUCCUUGGAUCUAUGCUUUCAGAGCUUAUUAUAAAUUGGACUAUCUAUUCCAACAAGGCAGCGGCAAUCAUAACUCUACUUUUUAUAAUUGUAAUUAAUCUGGCCAUUGGGAUAUUACCUCAUGCUGAUAAUUUUGCCCACAUUGGUGGAUUUGCUUCUGGGUUUCUUAUUGGAUUUGUGCUGCUGGCAAGACCUCAAUUUGGUUGGAUGGAACGCAGCGAGCUACCUCAGACUAGUCAACCUCCAAAGUACAAAUCGUACCAGUAUGUCUUGUGGGUUGCUGCACUCCUCUUGCUGGUAGUUGGGUUUGCCAUUAUCUUGGUCAUGCUCUUCACGGGUAAGAAUGGGAACGACAGCUGCCACUGGUGCCAUUACCUGAACUGCGUACCAACGUCCAGAUGGAAGUGCGAUACCUGAAUUCCGCAAAGUAUAUGCUCCACUGGUGUUCGUGUGUUCGUGGAAAUGUACGACCAAAUGUAUCCUCCACUUGACCAUCCUGCGCUUCUUUUGCCCGGAUUCUCCCUGGUUCCAUGAAAUACAAAUGUUCCAGAAUUGUAGCACGAGCUUGUAACUGUUGAUUUCGGCAUAAUUGAUGUAUUCAUCUCACCAAACUCUAUAGCACCACCUUGAUAAUUUUAGACGGCCAAUCUAAAGUAUUCAGAUUUUGCGAGUGUCCA